AUGCUAGUCAGAAUUGCAAUACUGUUCACUGCCUGUUGCUGGUCAGUUCUAGGGAUUGAGCACAACCUUACAACAAAUCCCAACAACGUCGUGCUACAGAUUGGAGAGACUACUAACGUCACUUAUCAUUCUAAUGUCCCGCUUACAUCCAAUAUAUUGUUAUACUUCAACAAAUCGGAUUACUUUGGUACACCUGAUCACAUAGAAGUGGAUCAAACAACACGAGAAGGUGUUCUUCAGGUGACUGGUCUAAAGCCAGUCAGCUCAGUUUAUUUGGAUGUGGCAAACUGCACGAAAGACGACGCUUCAGAAUGUAGACUUGAUACAAAUCACGCUUAUGUCCGCAUCAGUGUCAUCAAGUCACAUCUUAUUAACCUCUUCACAGUAAUUGUCGGGUGGAUGUAUUUUGCAGCAUGGAGCCUAUCAUUUUAUCCUCAGAUAUACCUCAAUUUUAAGCGGAAAAGCGUCACUGGUUUAAAUUUCGAUUUUCUUCUGUUGAAUCUCAUUGGAUUCUCAGCUUAUGGAACAUAUAAUUUAUUGAUGUAUUAUGAUCCAGUUGUACAGGCUGAAUACGAGACUCAGCAUCCCCGUAGUCCUAUACCAGUACUACUUAACGAUGUUGUUUUUGCUGUACACGCUUUCACUGCAUGUGUUAUAACAGCAGCGCAAUGCUUUUUGCUAGAGCGAGAUGGUCAACGAGUAUCCAUUACAUGUAUUGUGCUUGCUUCUAUUCUUAUUCUUUUCGCUGUUGGAUCAGGAAUUGCGACUUUAUUCAAAUUACUCACUGUUCUACAAUUUGUGAUGUGUUUCUCGUACAUCAAAAUGGCGGUCACACUAUCCAAAUACUUUCCACAGAUGUAUUUCAAUUUUCGAAGAAAGAGUACUGUUGGUUGGUCAAUUGGUAACGUGUUGCUUGACUUUACUGGCGGCACGUUGGACAUCCUACAGAUGGUCCUGCAAUGUAUAAAUGCUGCUGAUUGGGUUGCGUUCUAUGGAAAUCCGGUCAAAUUUGGGCUUGGACUAGUGUCGAUACUGUUCGACAUCAUUUUCAUUUUCCAACACUACGUCCUAUACAGAGGAGUACAAGUUGUUCACGCUGAAUACGCAGGGAUUGUGAAUACGGAGGCACCACAAAGUUCGCCUCCAGGAAACCAUGGGCCUAUCAACCCGCCUGAUGAACCGAUAUUUGACGAGGAUAUGCGGUGA